CUUAGGGGGAGAAUCAGGGGCCGGAAGCCACAGCGGGCAUGAGCCCAGGGCUGAAGGGGCAUCACGCGGGGGCGGCCAGUGCGUGUCAGGCAGGCGAGCAGGGGGGAGCCAGCCCCACACAACGCGCCCAGCCAGCGCCGGGGGGGAGGGGGGGGGCAUCUGAAGUUAAUUUUGAACCUCUAGAGACGGAGCCGCCCCUGGAUCCAGGACUAGGAGGAAGGGGGGGGGGGGGCCACACCCGGAUCCACCCUCCCCCCCCGCCCCACUGCUGGCUCUGACUUGGGAGGUCUUCAAAUGAUGGCGGUUCCUCUUCUAAACACAGCCUCAGCCUGAGAGAGAGUUGAGCAGAGCCCAGUGUUCAUAGACCAUGCGUCUCACUCAGAGACAAGAGCCUGAGCAUUCUGCUGAGGACCCUCUUAAUAACAAUGGGGACCAAGAAAGGGCAGGAAAACCAGGUGGUCAGCGUUGGGCCAAGCCCUGGAAACACUGUACACGUAAAUUCCUCUUUAUACUCUUGACCACGGCUGUCAUUGUCAUCAUGGCUUUGUCAGGGGUAGCACUGAAACUUGGUUUUGACCGUCCGGGCUCCCCUGCUGUCCCUUGGUGCCCUGAUGGCUGGGUUGGGUAUCUAGGGAAAUGUUACUAUUUCUCAGAGGCCAAAGGAAACUGGACCUACAGCCAGAGCAACUGCUCCUCCUUUAGAGCCUCCCUGGCUACGAUCGACACCCUGCAGCAAAAGGCUUUCAUGCUGCGCUAUAAAGGCCUUUCCGAGCAUUGGAUCGGCCUGCGGAGGGAAGAGAGCGAGCCCUGGAGAUGGGUGAAUGGUGCAGAAUUCAACAACCUGUUUGAAAUUCGAGCCGACGGCAACUGUGCGUAUCUGAAUGACAAGGCCGUCAGCUCCUCGUGAUGCCACACGCUGCGCAACUGGAUCUGCGCCCAACACAACGUGUACACGAAGGGCUAGGGAAAAGCCGACGGGCCACGGUGUUCGGUGCCUGACGUGUGUGGGACUGGCUUGUCGGACUUCAGAUCAGCUUUUGCUGCUGCGCUAUCUGCAUAUAUUGCAACGGCAGGAGCCACGUCACCGCUGCGGUCAUCUGCGCUGCUGUAACGUGACAGCGCCACCUGCAGGGCGCUGAUAAGAUGGCUGGCGAGUUCCAGACUCCGGGCUACCGUUGAAUGAAGCAUUUCCUUGCUGCCGAAGGGCUGCUCCAGGAGGAGAGCAAUGCAGAGCUGACUCUUCGGUGCUACGUUGGGUGCUGGUGGCCGGGGUGCAAACGAUGCCACUGAAUGAUUUAUUGCUGAUCUCUUCUCUGAGGAUAUUUACAUCACAGUAGCACCCGGAGGCUCCAGUCAAGGUCAGGGGCCCCAUUUUGCUGGCGGCUGUCCAAACAGACUUCAGUAAGACUCGCCCAGAGAACCUCACAGCCAUAAACAGGGGAUGCUGGGGAAAAGGGAUACAGCAUCCGAGCAGAAUGGCUGGGGCUUCCUACUGCCGCAUGCUUAAAUGCAGCCCUUCUCUGUUUAUUUCUCAAUGUGUUUGUAUCCUACACAGCAGAGUCCGAUCUCUCCUUUCUAGAGGUGAUGGGCUGAUUAACCUCAGUAGGAAUUCGUUCCCAAAAGGGUUAUCCAGUCAUUUAAAAGCCUUUAGACAGAUGCUUUUGAAACUCCCAUCCAAAUGUCUUAGAACCUGGAGGUAAUGUCUUUUAUUGGACCAACUUAGAAUAUAAGAACAGCCAUACUGGGUCAGACCAAACGUCCAUCUAGCCCAGUGUCCUGUUUUCUGACAGUGGCCAAUGUCAGGUGCUUCAGAGGGAAAGAACAGAACAGGCAAUUAUCAAGUGAUCCGUCCCCUGUCGCCCAUUAACUUCUUUAAGCUUUGCUUCCUUUUUCUUCAUAUUGUGGAAUUUCCAUAGAGGCGGCAAAAUUCGAUAUCUUCCCUUGUUGCGUGUUGUAGCUGUGUUGGGCCCAGGAUAAAAGAUAUUACCUUCCCCACCUUGUCUCUCUCAGAAGUUUGAGACUCAGUGACAGCGACAGAAGGAAUUUUGCCGCAGGUGUACUUGAUCGACCUCUCUGAGAGAAUUCUUCUGUCAAGCUACAUCUACAGUCGACCGUACUACGGUGCACAGGCUGUGAAAUUUUUCCCAGCCCUGAGCAAUGCAGCUCGGUCGAUCUGAUUUUUAGGUGCAAACCCAGUCUUACACCCAUUCUGCAGUGGUGUAAAGUAGCUGUUUAAGGAAAUUUAGGGAAUCAGGCCCCAGGGUGUUGCAAUAAUGCCGAGACCAAACUGUGAAAAGGCAAGAGUCAGGGCUUAAUUUCACCAUCCGUCAUCCCAGCGAGCCUCCCACAAGCUGCCUAACUUGGGAGAGACUUUGGGGGAUUCUCCCUAUUUCACCCUGGCUCAGUGAACCCACUAAUAGGCUACAGUAUGCUGUGUACUUGAGAAACACUUGUGAAUAAGAGUACAGUUGCUACUUAAACCUUUUUCUGUAAAUACAUUUUUGUACUCUUUUGCACUUUGUGUAAAUAAAUGACCUCAUUGCUGGGUC